AUGAUCAUGGACAUUCAAAAACCAAGUGGCAGGCACAUUGCAAAAAUGUCAGAAAGAAAUUCUCCAAAAACUGCAGAAACCCCAAGAGGUUUUACAGAAACUUCUGCUCCGAUCAAAAGCACAACAAAACGUCCAUUUGACGUUGCCUUCUUGAUGUUACCAGAUGAAAAACUCAAACAAAGGAGACUUCAAGAGCAAAUCGAAACCCAAACCAUCAAUUUAACAAGAAGCCCUGAACCGGAAGAAACACCAAAAUCUAACCAAUUACGAGUAAAAACUGAUGCUACAAGGAGUGCUUUCACCAAAGUAUCAUAUAUGCAGCCAAGUAACAAGUAUGCUCCAUCUACAAGUCCGGAUGUCUUAAAUUGUCAAGAAUCUUUGAGCCCACCAGUUCUUCCUCAAAGCCCAACAGCUUUACCAGGAUACAUUGGACAUCCAUCCAAUUUCCACCAGCUUCUGGCUUAUCCAGAACAAACAUUCACUGAUAAAUUUCGACCAAUACUAUCAUACAGACCAGAUUUUACACCUUACCAAACGUUUCCACCUGUCCAGCCAAGUCCUCCACAGGAGAUGAACGUUUUAAGGCAUCCUGCAGCUGCUGCAGCAAUUUUGACAUCAUUGUUACCACAAACGUUUUCUGCAACAUUUUCUCUACCAGCUCAGAAUGUUUGUGCCAAAUGCAAUGUUAGUUUCAGGAUGACAUCGGAUCUGGUUUACCACAUGAGGUCGCAUCAUAAAAGUGAGACCCAGGCUGACCCUGCCAGGAGGAGACGAGAGGAUAAAUUGAGAUGUCCAGUUUGUUUUGAGAGUUUUAGAGAAAGACAUCAUUUGACGAGGCAUAUGACUGCUCAUCAGGAUAAAGAAGGUGAUUCUUUGGAUGAGGAGGAGAAAAAUCAACGUAAGAUAAUUGCAAAGUGA